AUGCUCUCAGAGUCCAUUUUCCUUCUCCAACCAUCCUCUCAUUCCCUCAGGGAGCCAGUGGAUGAAGUGCUCCAAAUCCCCCCCUCGCUGCUGACAUGUGGUGGGUGCCAGCAGAACAUCGGGGACCGUUAUUUCCUGAAGGCCAUCGACCAGUACUGGCACGAGGACUGUCUGAGCUGUGACCUGUGUGGCUGCAGGCUCGGGGAGGUGGGGAGACGCCUCUAUUACAAACUGGGCAGGAAGCUCUGCAGGAGGGACUAUCUCAGGCUCUUUGGCCAAGACGGGCUCUGUGCCUCCUGUGACAAGCGAAUCCGGGCGUACGAGAUGACCAUGCGAGUGAAGGACAAAGUGUAUCACCUUGAAUGUUUCAAAUGUGCUGCCUGCCAGAAACAUUUCUGUGUUGGGGACAGAUAUCUCCUCAUCAACUCGGACAUAGUAUGUGAACAGGACAUCUAUGAGUGGACUAAGAUAAAUGGAAUGAUCUAGCAAGGACGUGCCUCGCAGUCUGUAACAGACAUCUCACGGGUUACACCGGUGCCUAGCUGCAGUGAGGAGAUCAUCACUUGAGCUAUGGGCUUUAAAAUGGGGGGAAAACACCCUGAAGUCAACUCUUGGCAGGCAGUGCCAUGUAGAAUGUAAACUACACAUAGGUGAAGAAGGGAGAGCAAAGCAAUAGUAGAUAGACUGACUUCUGUUAACAAUAUGGACAGUAACUGACAUCAGCCACGUAGGUGAGAGUCGGGGACAAACACAACACGACAACCAAUUCUCCUAACUGGAAGAGGGUAGGGACUUCUGUAAAGAGAUG